GAGGAGGCAGGAUGGGAAUGAUCCCGGCAAAAAAUGCUUCUCCGGUCACCAUCCACCGCCACCGCCACCGCCACCGCCACCUCACCACCUGGCCGGCCGCUGCCGCGUUGAUCGCCACGCCUACCUCCUUCCUCUCGCUCCCCUCGUCCACACCGCCGCGCCGCAUUGGUUUCAUCUCCGCUCUCAUCUCAUGUCCACCCCCAGUCCCAUGCCGCUGCCACUGCCACUACCCUGCGCGCCGCCCACAUGGCUCCCCCGGCCACCACCCUCUCCGACGCGCUCGACCAUGACCGCCGCCGCGACGCCCGACGCUACCGUACCUUCCUGCCGCCGUCGCAGCUCGUGCUCGGUCUCCACCGCUUGGGCUUCGCUUGCAUCCCCAGAAGCGGCGCCCCCCUCACCCGCCCCCGCACCGCCCCUAGCUCCGUGCCCCACCAACCGCCGCCGCGCCGGGAGGCGCCCCAGCCGCAGGUAGCCAAUGCCGCCGUCGCCGAGAGGAGGCCUUUGAGGGAGAGAGAGGAAGCCGCCGCCGCCGCCGCCGCCGCCGCCAAACGCAUCCACGACCACCACACGCCGGCUGAAUCCAAAGCUGAAGCUGCUUCUGAGCCACAAGUGUCCGCCGGCGACCACAGCACGCAGAGCUCCGACCACAGCGCCUCCGCCGUCGCCGUCGGGAGAGGAGGGAGCAUCUGGGUCCGGGUUUUGCCCAAAUCGGUCGCCAUGGUGGAUUCGCCACAGACUUCUGAAGAAUCCACACCCACGGCAGAGGACAAGUACAUCUGGGCAGACAAGUAUCGCCCCAAUUUCCUCAACGAUUUCAUCUGCAACAAGGACGCUGCCCUUGAGCUCUACAACCAGGUUACCGCACAAGAAUGCAACCAUAUCAUAUUUGAAGGCCCGACCUCCGUCGGAAAGAGGAGCAUGGUGUCGGCACUCAUAUGGGAUGCUUUUGCUACUGAUAAUCUCAAGAUAGAGGAACAGACAAAGAGAUUCGAGCUGAAGGGAGAAAUUGCAAAACACAUUGAUAUCAGAGUGAAGAUUUCAAGUCAUCAUGUGGAGGUAAAUUUGGCUGACAUACACGGCUAUGAGAAGCAUGUCAUUACUACUUUGUUGAAUGAAUCCAUCCCAUCACCAAACUCCAUUUGCAGUCAUGCCAACUGCAGAGUGAUCGUCGUCCACGACGCUGAUAAACUCUCAUCUGAUCUUCAACAUUAUAUUGGAUGGUUUCUGGGGAGGUAUGUAGGAUGCAAUAAAAUCAUGUUCUGCUGUUCUGAUGCUUCAAACCUUGAGGCUGUCAGGCAUCUCUGCAAGGUUGUGACACUUAAGCCACCUUCAUCUGAUGAGAUAAUCAAGGUCCUAGAGUACAUUGCAGUGCAAGAGAGCAUAGAUCUGCCUCGUGAUAUUGCUAGGAGAAUAACAAUGAGCUCAGGCAAUAAUCUCCGACAGGCAAUACGUUCUUUUGAAGCUACUUGGAAAGCAAACUAUGCCUUCCUAGAAGGCCAUGCCAUUUUGACAGGAUGGGAAGAGGAAAUCUCCAAUGUAGCCAAAAAAAUCUUGGAGGAACCAAGCCCAAAACAGCUGUAUGUCAUUAGGGGUAAGAUCAGAAAACUGAUUGAACAUAAUGUGUCACCUUACUUCAUUUUCUCUAAUCUGGUUGCUGAACUGAAAAGGGACAGGGAUGAGGAGUUCCAAAAUAGCAUUGAUCAACUAGCAUCGGAGUUGAACCAUAUCAAAGAUUGCGCGCGUCAAAAAGAGCAGUGCGAAUCCGGCGACACGGGUUUGGAAAUCAGAAACAUAAAUAUAGAAGGUUUUGCCAAGGAGGGCCAUGACCAACGCGAAACUAUCCAAUGCUUUAUAAAGAUUGAAGAGUUCACUGUGAGGUUCAUGGGCUUCUACAGAUCUUUAAAAGCAAAGAACAUGAAUAGAGGAGGUGUUCUAUAAAUAAUUUACCGUCCCUUGCUGAUACGCAAGCAGUUUCUCACACGCUGUUGUUUAUUAAAUAAGCAGCGUCGUUGUGUCUUUGAAUCAAAGCACCUGAGGCGUGCUAUGGUGCUUUUAUGUACUUGCUUCCAUAAAUCCUGUAAAGCAGACCCGUAUAUUGCCCUGUGUGGUAUGCGUGUGCGACAA